AUGCCGACAGUGCGUGUUUUAGUUGAUAAAAAUCGUGGAGAAAAGUAUGGUAUCGAUUAUCUUACAGAAUCAGAUGAUGAGCCUGAAGAUGAAGAGUUACAAGAAAAGCUUGGUGAUCAUGUUAAAUUAACUGCUUCAGACCUUCCACCUAUAAAGGUGCUCGAAGAUAUUGUUAUAUUCCAUAUAACUGAUCCGAAGUAUUGUCGUGAUGCAUAUUCUAUUCGUCGAUUGGCAACUGAUGAUAUUGGUUAUGACAAUUGGUGUUAUGAUGAUCACUCAGAUAAUUCUGAUGAAGAAGAAGACAACGGUAAUGACUUUUAUAUUAUAGAUGAAGAAGUAAAAGAAAAACAAGAAAAACAAUAA